AUGGCUGCCAAGGAUCCCAUGGCCUUCGAGCAGGCCUCCGCAAAGGAGGAGGGCAUCACGGGCCAAGUCGAGGGUCCUCUCACUCACGCUGCCUACCGCAAACUGGUGCACAAGAUUGAUCGAAGGUUGAUCACGACAUGCGGCUUCAUGUACUGUGUCAGUCUCGUCGACCGGACGAAUCUAGGCUCAAAAAACAAUAACAACAAGUCGAAGACCCUGGAGCUGACAGUUGGCUACCGCUACGAUGGACUCGGCGGUCUUGAAGGCUGGAGAUGGAUCUUCCUGAUGGAGGGCCUUAGUACUGACAGAAGGGUGCUCAGCGGCUUGACUGCCAUCACCUACGCCGUGGCGUACUUCCUCCCCAUGAUCCUCCGCGACCAGAUGGGCUUCUCGCUCGCUGCGUCUCAGUGCCUCAUCGCGCCUCCCUACUUUGUGGCCUGUCUGUACAUGUUUGCCACGGCCUGGAUCAGCGACAAGUACCGCAUCCGCGGCCCAGUCAUGAUGUUCAACUCGGUUGUCGGCAUUGCUGGUUUGGCUUUGAUGUCCAACAAUAUCCGCGGCCAGUGGAAGCGUGCCUUUGGCUCCGCGACCCUCAUCGGCUCGGGCGGUGUCGGCGGUGUCGCGGGUUCCCUCAUGUUCCGCAGCCAAGACGCGCCCGGGUACCGUCCCGGUAUCAUUGGGUCGAUUGCCUGUGGCUUCUUGGUGCUGUUCGUCAUCUGCUUCAACACGUGGUACUUUAAGCGGGAAAAUGCCAAGGCAGAUAGGGGAGAGAAAGUCCUGCAGGGGCACCCUGACUUUAGGCGAGAGAAGCAUGAAACGAGGCCGGGUCGGAUGUUUGACAAGGCUGACCCUCAGAUCAGCGCCCUCCUGCCCCCAAUCGAUCGACUGGCCAUUCACGCUGAGAUAGGACUUGGCCUUCCCCUCCGUCGUCCAGGUACUCUUCUUCGGCCGCCACACCUCAACCGCCCCGUCCCCCUCCAUGCCAACCUCGGCCCCGUCAACAGCCACGACCUCCCCCUGGCCUUUGAACGAAAAGCACCGCAUGCCGCACGUCCGGCAGAAGAAGAAGGAGGUAUGGGCCUCGCCCGGCCCGCGCGGCUGGUACGCGCCCAGCGCGCCGAGUUCCCGCGGCGCGAGGCAGCGCAAAGUCGUCGGGCGGCAACGCGGCCGCACGUGCAGCAGCCCGGCCUUGUGGCAGACGGUGCAGUUGCAGCGGUAGACGCACGGCUUGUCGGCCGGGGAGUUGCGCUGCGCGGGCGUCACAGGGUGGGCGGUCAGGGGGAGGGCGAGGCGGAGGACGUAGCGGGUUGCGCGGCAGUGGCAGGAGCCCGUGAGGGUUGUGAGGGGAGACUUUGGGUGGGAAUGGCGAUGCUUUGCUUGUACCGACAGAUGUUUUCGCACGAUGGUGGAAGAAUCAAGUUGCGCGCAACGAGAAGAGACUUAGAGACGUAA